GAUCACGGAGAAGGUCUCGAUAGCGACUCUUCCUACGUCAUACUGAUACGUUCCAUACGAUAGACUUCACGAAGAAGAAGCCAACAUGGCCAUUGACUAUGAGUGAUGUGGGAGGGAGAGGCAAAGACUCGGUCUCCAUUGGAGGCUUUGCCGUUGAAGCUUUUAUAUUCUGUAUAACAUAGUCCUCUCUGUAUUACGAGUUUCUCAUGCUGAACGUAUGUGAAAUCUAGCUCCGUCAUAUUAGACAUCUAGUGCGAUCGUUACUGCUUUAGCAUCACGUUAUCUGUAUUUCUUAUCGUUGGAUCUUCCUUUUAUAUACCGAAUUCAUCUUCUUCGUUUUGUGUGUGUGGAGUGGGUUUGAGUUACAGAGAUGUAUUGAUAGUGAGACUUCGUAGUUACAAACUUCUCACAUACACAGAUGACAGUAUAUCUUCUUGCAAAGCCUUUUUCUCACGUUAUGGCGUUGCUCGAGCUGUUCCCUACUUAUUCAGUUAAUCUUUGUGUUGACCUCUUCUUCCUCUGAUGCUUUAGCACCUGAAGACUCUCCCUUACUCUGUAUCCAUGGUGCUCUACCUCUUCAUCUCUCUCAAAUACGGUAAGCCGGCUCUGGUCUAGCUCGUUUAGUGGUGUGGAAUUUGUUUUGUGUUUUGCGGCAAUUGGACUCUCUAGCGGCUCUGGCUCCUGCAGUGUGUCUCUGAAGGGUUAGCUACCUUUCGAUCCGCUCUCUCUCUAUAUGUUAUUUUGGUUUAAUGGGUGUAACGGUCACGGCGAGUGUGCUUGGAGACGGCAAUCUUCUGGUCAGCUCUACUCUCGUGCUGUCGGAGGUCUCUUUUGUCAGGUGUUUUGGGUUUGUUUCAUUCUUGGAUUCAUGGUCUGGGUCAGGUUUGGGCGGGUGGUCAGAAGCUACAGGAAUCGUUGUUUCAAGGUUUUUAAGGCACCUUUCUCUCGGUAGCUCGUGGUGCCUUGUUCUCUUCCUUGACCAGUCUAGUUUCUUUUGAUCUGAGCCCAUUUUGUUGCUUUGCUGACUUUAGGCCUACUUCCGUCAUUUCCCGGGUUUGGUCUAUUUCCGGUCUAGAAUUGUUGUUUAGUUUAAAUUUCCGUAUUCCGCUUAAACUGUCUUCGUAAUUUCUGUCACAAAUUUAAAAGUAGUAUAAAAUUUAACAUUAUAUCCCAAAAAGUGCUAUAAGUUUAAAUUUAGUUUAUAGUGGAUUCUGAAGCUUCAUAUAAAAAUUAAGAUGCACUUAAUUCUCCUGGUUAUUUUUACAUAAGCAAUAAGCAUUUACUUGUAUAUUUGUGCAUGUAUCUAUAAAGAAUCUCAUUUCGUGGAUAUAAUCUUUGAAUUUUGUGUUGCUGUAAUGUAUGUUCUUUAAGAAAUAAAUAUGUUCUUUAAGAAAUAAAUAUUAGAAUGGUCAACUUGUACAUAUUUACCUUCAUUUGGUUAUAGAGAUAAGAAUUAAUAGAUUUUAAACCAUACUUGGAAUUAGGUAGGGAAUGUACAUACAUUUGAAGUGUAGAUAAAUGGACGUUUAACUCAAGUUUAGAGAAACACACAAAAAAAAAAUCAACUUGACUUUUCCUAAGUUGUGUCGUUAAAAGAGCUAAAACUUUUGCUUUAACAAAUGAAAUUUCUAAUUUGUCUUUUGGCUCUAUCAUUUUGGAAUUUGACGGCUAGUUCAUCACGUAUCUCUCCUCGUGGUUUAGAACACAAGCAACCAAAAAAUGUCAACAUUGAUAUAGAAAAGACAGUGGUGGUUGGUCAGAGUGGUGCAACUCACUUCAAAACCAUCCAAGCAGCCAUCGACUCCGUUCCCUCUGGUAACAAUAAAUGGAUCAAGAUUCAGCUUCAAAACGGAAUCUACUUCGAAAAGAUAGUGAUUCCGAUGGAGAAAGAAAAGAUAAUAUUGCAGGGAAACAACCCAUUGGAAGUGAUAGUUCAAUAUAAUGAUGCAGGACAAGCCAGUUCGAGUGGUCCGAUGAUCGUUAACGCCGAGUACUUCGUUGCAAUCAAUGUCACAUUCAAGAAUUCUUAUAACAAUAUAGCAUCAGUAGUACCAUAUAAAAAGAUAAAGGUAGCUCCAUCAAUUGUACUAACGGCGGACAAGGCGUGGUUCUAUGGCUGCAGCUUCAUCAGUGUUCAAGACACACUCGCUGACUUAGUCGGCCGUCACUACUUCAAAAACUGUUACAUCGAAGGAGCCAUUGAUUUUAUAUGGGGAGGAGGCCAAUCUAUAUACGAAAAGUGCGUGAUAUACGUAAAAGGAAUGAUAAACGUUAAAGGAAUGACAAACGAUGAAAUGGUGAAAAGCGGAGAAAUGUUACCGGGAUUCAUAACUGCGCAAGGGAGGCAAAGCGAGCAAGACACAAGUGGAUUUGUGUUCAAAUUCUGCACGAUUAAAGGAGAUGGUACGGCGGCCUUGGGAAGAGCUUACCGAGGCUACUCUAGAGUUGUCUUUUACGCAACCAACAUGUCUAAUGUUAUUGUUCCCCAAGGAUGGGACGCCUGGCAUUAUAAAGGCCAAGAGGAUAAAAUUACAUUUGCGGAGGUAAGCUGCACGGGAGAAGGAGCGAAUAAGCAAGGAAGAGUUGGAUGGGAGAAGAAUCUUUCUCAUAUAGAUAUUGCUUUUCUUAUCAACAUUAAAACUUUCAUUGCUGAAGAUGGUUGGAUGACUACUCUUCCUUCUUCUUUCUGAAAGAGUGUUAAAUUUGUUAGCAAAAAAAUAGUUUUUACAUUUGCCUUGUAUCUAAAUUUGUUUUGAAAGCAUCCAUCAUAACUAUUUCUUCAUCUCGA